GUGUGUGUGUGUGUGUGUGUGUGUUUGUGUGACUGAGCUAAAGCCAGUGAGGAGGAAUAACACACACACACUCACUCUUCAGCGGGUUUAUUUUUUACACAGAUCACCAGAAAUGGACGGCAUUGGUGACGUCGCAGUUGGUGUAAAGUUUUUAAUAGAUGUCUGUUUGUUGCACUGGUGAGUCCAAGUGGAAACCACAACAGAAAUUUGACCCCAUGGAUACCAGAGCAGUGCUGGAGUUUCCUCUGCCACUGUUGCAUAGCAAAAGAGGAUCAGAUGAGCUGCUGUCCGGCGGCAUGUAUAACAGCCCCAGUUCUGGGCUGAGUAGUAUCAGCGAUACGACAUCAAACGGCAGUGACAGCAAAAAACUUCGAGUUGAAGACAGAGUCGGCGAUGCCCCACCAUCCCGUGUUCUACACAUCAGAAAGUUACCCAACGAUGUCUCAGAAACAGAGAUCAUUGCCCUGGGGCUUCCUUUUGGAAAGGUCACCAAUAUCCUCACACUGAAAGGCAAAAACCAGGCGUUUCUGGAGCUCAGCACAGAGGAAGCUGCCAUGACAAUGGUCAAUUAUUACUCAGCUGUGACGCCUCACGUCCGUAGCAUGCCUGUCUACAUACAGUAUUCUAAUCACAAAGAACUCAAGACUGACAAUUCAAACCAGUCAGGUGGUACUCCCACAUCAGGGUCCAACUCGAGUGUCGGUGGCGGUGCGCCCUCCAGUCCAGUACUGAGAAUAAUCAUCGAUAACAUGUUUUACCCCGUCACCCUGGAUGUGCUGCAGCAGAUCUUCUCAAAGUUUGGCACCGUCAUGAAAAUCAUCACAUUCACCAAGAACAAUCAGUUUCAGGCCCUGUUGCAGUUCAACGAUCCAACCAAUGCGCAGCAAGCUAAAGGGGCUCUAGAUGGUCAGAACAUAUACAAUUCCUGCUGUACCCUUCGGAUAGACUACUCAAAACUCGUCAACCUGAAUGUGAAAUACAAUAACGAUAAGAGCAGGGACUACACCAGACCGGAGCUUCCUGCUGGAGAUGGGCAGCCUUCUCUGGAUACCUCUAUGGUCUCUGCCCUGAGUAAAGACUCCAGUUCCCUGCUCGGUAAGAUCCCAGGUGCUCUGAGCCCGUUGAGUGCGGCCGCUGCUGCUGCGGCCGCAGCUGGAAGAGUCGCUCUGUCCGGGCACACGGGGGCCAGCGGAGUGCUGCUCGUUAGCAAUCUAAACGAAGAGAUGGUUACGCCCCACAGUCUGUUUACCCUCUUCGGAGUUUAUGGGGACGUGCAGCGUGUGAAGAUUCUUUUUAAUAAGAAAGACAGCGCACUGAUACAGAUGGCUGAUAUGAACCAGGCUCAGCUUGCCAUGAGCCAUCUAAACGGUCAGAAGAUGUAUUCAAAGAUCAUUCGCGUUACGAUGUCGAAGCAUCAGACCGUUCAGUUACCGAGAGACGGUUUAGAUGACCAGGGUCUCACCAAAGACUUCACAAACUCACCACUGCAUCGUUUCAAAAAGCCUGGCUCCAAGAACUUCCAGAACAUCUUCCCUCCUUCUGCCACGCUGCAUCUGUCAAACAUCCCGCAAGACAUAACUGAAGAAGACCUCAGAGUCCUGUUCUCCAAUUCCGGUGGCACUGUGAAAGCUUUCAAGUUUUUCCAAGAUCAUAAAAUGGCCCUAAUUCAGAUGACAACCAUUGAAGAAGCUAUUCAAUGCCUGAUCGACCUCCACAAUUACAACAUGGGUAAUAACCACCACCUGAAGGUCUCCUUCUCCAAAUCAACCAUCUAAAGGAACCCAGAAGGUCUUCUUUUCAAGCGUUACCCGUUGACUGUUCAAAUACACUGGGGACCACAAUUUUGAGUUUCUUUACCCAAGUUUCAUUCCUCAAGAUGAUGUUGAAAAAGGAAAUAUUGUGACUGUUUUCGAGGACAUUUUUCUUACCCCGUUUCCCUCUUACCGGCGCUUCUGACACAUAUGCUCUUGAGUGGCGGAAGGGUGUCGUGGUGUAAAGGCUGAACCUCUUAUAAUAAGCAGAAAAGAAUGUGCCUUACAAAACUUACAGAAAUCUUUUCAUACUUCAUUUUCUCAAACACAGGCAGUCCUCCGAGCGUGAGAUAUUACACUAAGUUUUGUUAAGAAAAAAAAUUCCUCGUGUCUGAUCUGUAUAGUGUGUAAAAGCCUUUGAAACGUUUUCCUUUUUUUGCGUAUUUUAUGUUUGUUCAAUUCUUAAUGGCUGUGAUGUUUUGAUUUAAGAAUUGUAAAUAAACCUGUGAUUCUCUAGUGUUCGUCACUGAGAUGUUAGGCCCACUCUUAACUCAACAAUCCAACCAAACCUCACGUUAUUUGAAGGGAAAUCAUUAUUCAUAGUGUUGCAUGGAUUGGAAAUCACUUCUUUGUGUGAUUUGGAAAGACGACUACGGUAGAAGGGACCAAAGUUUAUGUGCCUAUAGUCUUAAUUUACUCCAAGAUCGAGCAGUUUACUUCACUUUUCAGAAGAGAGCAGACCCGUGAACAGGCGAGAAUGAGAAUAAUAUUGAUUGGCAAUCCACACUAUGAUUUGUUUUAGAGGAACAAAAGAAUCCUUGUGUAUUUUUUUAAACAUCUGUAGGAAUGUAUUAUUCGGCAUAGUUUGGAUGUGGCACAAUUAAAAGAUUUUUUUCUAACAAAAGCGGGAAGGUCGACUUGGUUGUGUGUUUUGAUUUCUCUUUUUCCUUCCUAUUUUCUGUUUUUACCCGUGGCAUGCUCAAUAAACACUUGUGUAGUUCUGCA